GUGCGCCCGCCUCCCCUUCCCCGCCGGAACCCCGAGCGCGGCGCCGGGGACGGAGGGGCCGCAGGGCGACGGACAGCCGAGCGGAGGGCGGACGGGCGGGCGGACGGGCGGCGGGGCCGCGCCGGAGCCAGCGGAGCAGCGUCCGCCAUGGUGCUCGUCAAAGAAUACCGCGUCGUUUUGCCUGUGUCGGUGGAGGAGUACCAGGUGGGGCAGUUGUACUCUGUUGCUGAGGCCAGCAAGAAUGAAACUGGCGGGGGCGAAGGGGUGGAAGUGCUGGUGAACGAGCCCUACGAGCGAGAUGGGGAGCGAGGGCAAUUCACACACAAGAUAUACCACUUGCAGAGCAAAGUCCCUCCCUUUGUAAGGAUGUUGGCCCCUGAGGGUGCCCUGGACAUUCAUGAGAAGGCCUGGAAUGCCUACCCUUUCUGCCGGACCGUUAUAACAAAUGAGUACAUGAAGGAUGACUUCCUGAUCAAAAUUGAAACCUGGCACAAAGCAGAUACGGGCAUGCAGGAGAAUGUCCAUAAACUGGAUCCUGAGGAGUGGAAGAACGUGGAGGCCGUUUAUAUAGACAUUGGGGACCGGAGCCAUGUGCUUUCCAGGGACUACAAGCCAGAAGAAGACCCAGCAAAAUUUAAAUCGGUCAAGACUGGCCGUGGCCCUCUGGGCCCCAACUGGAAGAAGGAGCUGGGCAAGCAGGCCGAAUGCCCAUACAUGUGUGCUUACAAGCUGGUCACGGUCAAAUUCAAGUGGUGGGGUCUGCAAAACAAAAUUGAGAACUUUAUCCAGAAGCAAGAGAGGCGGCUUUUUACGAAUUUCCACCGGCAGCUGUUCUGCUGGCUUGAUAAAUGGGUUGACCUGACAAUGGAGGACAUUCGUAGGAUGGAGGACGAGACAAAGAGGCAGCUGGAUGAGAUGAGAGAGAGAGACCCUCUGAAAGGCAUGUCGGCUUCAGACGAGUAGCAUGGAUUCCUUGACCACACGUUUGCUAGAGUGUCUCCGGGAAGGCCAAGGAACUCCACCCUCUUGACCAGCGGACCGUCUCUGGACAUUCAAGCCCUCUUCCUCCAGUCGGCCGGCAACUUCUGCCCCCCUUGCUAAUUCUAGUUGCCCUUAAUCUAGUGAGCAAAUCCUUUGGUCCUGAGCGCCCGGGCCAUGGUGUCCGGGGAAGAGGUGGCCCUUCAGGACAGCUGCUUCUGUGACCACCCCCUUUCCCCAGGGAGGGGCACACACCAGUUCUCAUGUGACUCUUUGAUUUCCAAGUGGCAGGUUUUGUUGAAGUAGUUUUGUGAUGUGGUGAUUUAAGAGUUCCUCAGCCCCUAUCUUUGUUUCCCCUCUUCCGAAUUCUGGGAUGGCGCUGCACUUGUGGAGCCGGGAGCUCAGCACUGAGUGCCACAAAUGCUGGGAUCCGGAAGCCUUUUUUCUCUGUAAAGAAUAUUCUUGUCUUGGGUGCAUCUCUGGCACCCUUGGCACAAGUGUGGCUGCUGGCACACGGUUUCCCCAAUCACCUUGUGGUCUCCUCUCCUUACCCCACCCUGUCCUGAGGCCACCGCUGCUGCUUCUUUGGGGCUGUGCGUCCUGGAGUUCAGGAACAACAAUGGAAGCCCCUCUCCACUCUGAGAGUGGGGAGGGUCUCACUCAUCUGACCAAACCACAUUCAGCUCCUUUUUUCCGGGGUUGCUUGAAUUGGGGCUUGUGCUUUUGGAGGAGGUCCCCAAGCCCAGCCCUGGCGCUGGACUCCCCUUCAGACAAUCAGAUGAGCAAGGGGGAGAGAACAUCCUUCACAGUGGGGGGGAUUCCAUCCCUGGAUCUCUGCCUCCCCCUCCGUAGCAAUGUCGGAGGGGAGGUUAGAGUGGCCUUUGGGGAGGACAGAGGCUCCCCCCCCCCCCCCCCCCAUGCUCUUCCCCAUUCCUUGCCAGCCGAUUCGUUUCUUGCCUUAAAGUGCAAUAACCAAGGCUGUUCUGCUGUGGCCGAAGGGGUCUCCCUUGGCAGGGCCUCUGUGGCUUUUGUGUUGAGCCGAGAGGGCUUUUCAGGAAGUUGGCGGUUCCUGGGCACAGGAGGCAGAAUUAAAGCAGGGCUGGAAUGUCCCCGGCCGGCCAGGCCAAGUCCUUUGGGAUCCGGCUGUGUCCCACUAGUCCUCCCUUUCCUCUGAGGCACGCGGGUGCCGAGUAAUCCUCUCUCCUCCAAAACGCAGAGAACUACAACACAGAGAAUUAUUGUGUGGCUAAGAGGAUCUGCUCAAACACAUUACUGUUCCCACUCCUGCUUAAAAGAUUUGGGUUUAACUCGGAGGCUUUCUGGCGGGUGGCAGUGCAUCUCUGGGAACAGAUGGUGACAUUUUGAGGAUGGGGGAAAGAAUUAAAACGACUCUAGUAGGAAAAGGCAAGAAUUCUUAUUAAAACAUAACUUCCUUGCUUAGCAGCAAGAGCAAGACAAGUGCAGAUACCCCCCCCCGUGUCCUGCAUUGGAGUUGACCCAGUGCGCCCCUCCCCAGCUGCAGCUGAGGCUCCUGUAGAGCCCCCUGUUCCCCAUUGGCAGUGAUGACUGCCCCCCCCUUGUUUCCUACCAAGGAGAGCGAGUGGCGAUGGAGAGCAAUGCAGCUGCUCCAGUGCGUUGCGUGGCAUCUGGUUUCAUGCUCCAGAAUCCUCGACCCUGAAAGGGGCUUGUGGCAGGGGCUACGGGCCAAGUGCGGAGACACAAACAGCAGAUUCCGCUUGCUUUGCAUUGUGAUGGUCGAAGCUCCGGUGGGUAAACACCCCUCCUCCCCCUUUUAGCAUGCUCUUGUUUUUCUCUCUUUUCUGCCGAACCUGCAAGGACUCCCUGACCAGUCCAGCUGGGUUCCCCGUGCUAUUUGUUUAUCCGGCAUUCGCUCUGUAGGAUAGGUUAGAUGAUCUCCAUUGUUUCUUUACUGUGAGUUGUGCCUUUUUUGGUCUCCCAAUCUUCCAAUACAGGCCUAUUGGAAUAACUCUUAAUAAAAUCAUAGACAGAAGAGCA